UAACGCUGAAAUGGGUGAGGUGUUUUGGUUAAUUUUAGGUUUAUAACACUUAUAAUUAUGCGCAUUAAUGUUGUGGUAAAGCGUUCAAACUCUAAAGUCAGCAGCUCUUUAGAAUAUGAAUUUGAAGACAUCAAGUUACAAACUGCAGACAAAUCCAAUUAAUUAUGAGCAGUGGGAUUCUCAGGGGAGCUCUCUGUCCUCUCUCUUUUUUUCUCUCUCGCUCUCUCUCUGACAUCACUGGGAACUUGUGUGUAUAAAGUAACCACAAGAAUGCAGCGUGUCAGGCAAGGGAACGCGAGUACAGACAGAGGGCCCUUUCUUACACAGGGUGUGCAGGGCAGGGAGAAGGGAAGCUGCACUGAGAGAGUGACACACACGGGCAGAGAGAGGUAAAGAGAUACAGGCACAAAGAGCAUAAUUCAAUACAUACCAGGUACGGGGCAACAUUGAGAGCUUAGAGAAUAUCAACAAAAAGCAGCAGCCAAUAUUAAAGAGGAUUUACAAGGAAGAGGAGAGGGAAAAAACAGCUUUACUGGCCCGGACUUCUAAAACCUUUUGCCGAAAAUGUCCUCAUUCCAUCACUUCUCCCAGAGGAGAAUGGAUUAAAAUAGAGAGGAGACUCCAGAGGACGUGAGGUGGGAUCCCAAAUCCCAAAGAGGAAACAAACAAACUACACAAACAGGCAGACUUCAUAGACCUUCCCAUCAAGGAAAGGGGAGAUCGGAAUCAUUACAGCAACUGAAGGAUUACAAAGGAACCCCCCCCCUCUCAUAAACAAUUGAUCUUUGGACUUUCAUAAAAAAUGCGUUGGUCUUCAAACCCCCAGACAAGGCGGUUAAGGAAGGAGGGGAGGAUAUAGAGAUUCUCCCUGCAUCAAGGAUUUUUCUAGUCUGUCCCAUCCUCCCUUUCCUUCAUCAGAUAUUCAUUGUGACUGGGAUGUCCUACUAUAUCAGCGAAAUCUUCAAUGUCAUGAGUUCACCAGGAAACUGAAACCAGCGCUAGAUCAGGGUCAAAUCACCACAAGAACAAUCCCCUGAUAACAGCAACACCCUUGCUGACUACUUCAAUCACAACGUGUUCACUAUUGUAAUUGGUUUCUUCUUCAAUAGAUGACCCUCAAGAGGAGUUGUUAAGACACUGUUAGUAAACCAUGAAGGAAGACAUCUUGGAUUUUUUCAGUGACUUGUGGAAGGUGGCCACCACCAAGCAUGACCAGGGGAUCUAUAACACAGUCUGCCUGGUGGUGCUGCUAGCCCUGCCUAUGGUGGUGCUCUUCACUUCUCUGGUGGUGUGCUGCCACUGCUGCUGCUGUCGCCGGGCCAACUGCGUUGGUUGCUGUGCAGACAGCCCCAGCUCAGCCACAGCAAAAUCAGACAAAAAGAAGACGAGUCCGAAAGAUGAGGACUUGUGGAUCUCGGUCAAAACAGGACCUAUGACACCAGACAGGGUUGCCCUGACGAUGGUGUAAGGUUCAGAUAAGGUUUUAUCCUUUUGUAUUCAUAUGAAGCUCUUUUUUACUGCAAGGUACAGGUACAUGAUGCCGAGCACUGGUGUUCAAUAUGCUCGACAGAAACGGUUGAAAGACAGGAAAAGAGACAAUGAUAUGUGAUUGAUUGUGUGUGUGUGUGUGUGUGUGUGUGUGUGUGUGUGUGUGUGUGUGUGUGUGUGUGUGUGUGUGUGUGUGUGUGUGUGUGUGUGUGUGUGUGUGUGUGUGUGUGUGUGUGUGUGUGUGUGUGUGUGUGUGUGUGUGUGUGUGUGUGUUGGUUCUUCUAUUCAUGUCGGGACCUAAAAUCCCCAAAAGUCCCCACAAGGAUAAUAAAACAAGUCAAAUUCCCAUGUUCUCAUGAGGACAAAGACUAUUGGGUUAGGUUUAGGGUUAGAAUUAGGGUUAGGGUGAGGGAUUAGGUUUAGGUUUAGGAGUAAGGUUUAGGGUUUAGGAGUAAGGUUUAGGGUUUGGGUUAGGGAAAAUAGGAUUUUGAAUGGAAAUCAAAUUUUAGGUCCCCACAAGGAUAGAAGACCAAAACGUGUGUGUGUGUGUGCUUGCAUACGUGGGUGUGUGCGUGUGCAUGAGCAAAUGUGUGUAUGUGCAUGGGAGAGUGAUAGAUGACACAUGGCGUAUGUGUUAGUGUUCACUUCCGUGUGAAAUUCACUGUCUUCACAUUUAGGAGACCAGAAGUUUGAGGACUAUUUAUAUUUCCAAUGCUGGAGGCCAGCAAUCUAGUAUUGUGAUUCAGUUAGAAGACUCUUUUUAAUAGGUUAGACCAUUUUAAGUUCAAAGCACUUGCAGUUAUUGCACUUACAACAGAAAUUUGUGUAACUACUUUGAAAUAUUUUGCUGUACUUGCUAUACCCACUGAAUGGAGAUCUUAAUUCCAUUUAUGAGUUAAUUUUCAAACGCAGAAUUUAAUAGAACCAAGUGAAGCACUGAGAUCUUUUAAUUACAUUGCUCAAUGUAUACGUUUCUUUCCCCGUAGAAUAUCCUACAUACAGUAGCUAGUAUUGUUGAUUAAAAAAAAUAUCUAACAGUUCCGUGUUUUACGCUGCCUUAUGCUCCGAUUGAUGACACAGAUUCAUGUUUACUGUCUUGCACUGUCCCUAUUGGUUCAUAAUAUCAUUAUGCAUGGACACCAGGCUCUCAGAUUUAUGGGGCGCUGAGUGGAUCCUUCUUAUAUCCUCAUCCCUCAGUGCCAAUGUAGCCCUCUGACUUAAAAUAAUAGUUAUUCUAUCUCAAAACUGGGAUUCCUAAAAAAUGUUUCCCGAAGAUUUGGUCAACUUCCGUCAGAUGUUUAACAUCCAAAAUUAAUCAGGAAUGAGCAGGGUCAGCUAUACCAUAAGGACCCAUUAUUCAUGUCCUCAUUACAUGUAGUGUAGCAAGACCACUCAUGGUCUGUAAAGUUCUCUACUUUUGAUAGAUUUAAACAAACAAUAUUGAAAUCACAAUGGUCACAACCAUAAACUGUCAAGAAUUCUUUUUGUCAACUCCAUUAAACUCCGUCAGAUUCUUGUCUGACGUCAAGUCCAUCAGAGUGCUGUAGGAUCUGAGAAUUGUUGUGUUUUUAUUGGGGAUUUUCAAAUGAAUCAUUUUCUAUAUUUUACAAAUGUUUGUAUUUUUGAAACAGAAGUAGAGAUUGUUCCGUCUUUCAAGAAUCUCUGAAUUGAUUUCCAAUUUACAAAUCCGGUGACAAACCAGUUUUAUUUGUUAUGUAUUCAUGAUCCUUAUUUUGAGCUUAAAGACUUCUGCAUUAGUUAUUCAUCUGUAAAAAGUCUGAGGGUGGAAAAAUACUUUUCCUUUGCAAAGUUUUUCUUUUCAAUUCACAGGAUGGGGGGGGUUGCCGCUUGUUUGAACAGUGAAUCUACCAUAGAAGAUAGUUUCACAUUCUACCACUGAAGCUGUGAUCUGUCCCAAUUAUGCAUGAGAACAUACUGUAUAUUCUGGCUGUUUGUUAUUACACAAGAAAAAGCUGAGGUAAUCAUUCAAGUUAUGAGCUCAGGCCACAGUGGAUACCGCAUGCAUAAUUUAUCCUGUCAUUUGAUUUUACAUAACAGCUAUAUGGAGAAAAGGGGGACAAAAAAAAUAAAGUAUUUGUUAUGCUUUGUUAA